AUGGCGAAGAGUGAGGUGGGAAAGAGGACAACGGGUGGGGGCAAGGCUCUGCGAGCUACUGGCAAGGAGGGUAAUGACGAUGAGUACACUCUAUACAUGGAAUGGCAGACUAAACUGCACAGAGCAAUCCAAGCAGGAAACAGAGGAAUCGGUCAGGUGGAGGAUUUGGUGAAAAAAAUACCGAUUGAGGCCCUCGAACAUGGAAAUAAAUUUGGCCCAACUGUACUUGGCGUCGCUGCUAUUGUUGGUAACAAGCGGGCUGCAGUUAUUCUGGUGGAAAGACAUCCCCGGUUGUUAUAUAUUCCCGACAAGUUUAAUUAUCUACCGGUCCACCUGGCCGCCAAAUGUGAUCACAAGGAUACUUUCCAAUACUUGUUGUCAAAGACUGAAGACGUGAAUCGUGGUGUCAGGCCCUUUGAAGGCAUAUCCGGGGUUCACCUUGUUAGACAAGUAAUAUUUUCCGGAUACUACGGUGUUCCAGUGAAGUUGGACAAGUAUGAUAAAGAGCGUUGGAGAUCUGACAUUGAGGACCCAGAACGAAAGCAUUAUUUGGCUCAAACUUUUAUCCGAAGUUUCUACAUUCCAGUGAGCCAAAGAUUACAAGCCAUGCUUUACAAAGUCUUGGCGUUCUUAGUGCCUCACAUUAAACGCAUCGGGGAGAAAAAACAGGUGCAUUAUCAGGCAGUUCGGCUCGUGAAAUCGUUGCGCCAGGAAAUUGAAACUCUAGAUGACAACAAGGCUUAUGAAUCAAUUGUGAAAGGCCCACUGCUUUCCGCAGCAAAAUUAGGAAUUAAAGAGGUGGUGGAAGAAAUAUUGGAUUUGAUUCCCGAAGCAGUUUUGUUUUGUGAUGAUGAAUCUCAUAAUGUAUUCGAGUUGGCAAUUUUAAAUCGUCAGGAAAAAGUUUUUAACAUCAUAUAUCAGAUGGAUCUAUGUAGACAUAUCCUGCCCCUUCGCCACGACAAGAAAAAUAACAAUAUGCUGCACUUGGCGGGGAGACUGGCACCUCCAAGCAAACUAAAUCUUAUUCCUGGUGCAGCACUUCAAAUGCAACAUGAGUUGCAAUGGUUUAAGGAAGUCGAGAAAUUUGUGAUACCCAAAAAUAAAUUGGAGGAAAACAACGAUGGAGAAAUUCCUGCAAUGCUAUUUACUAAAGAACACAAGGACCUAGUAAGUGGAGGAGAGAAAUGGAUGAAAGCUACAGCAAAUUCAUGCACAAUUGUGGCAUCCCUGAUUUCCACUAUAGCGUUUGCAGCUGCAAUCACUGGUCCCGGCGGCAAUGAGGACAGUACUGGCCUCCCAAUUUUCAUUAAAAAAACUACAUUCAUCAUCUUUACCAUUUCAAAUGCAUUGUCUUUAUUCACAUUUGCCACUUCUCUAUUGAUGUUCUUGUCUAUCCUGACUUCACGCUAUGAAGAAAAUGAUUUUCUUUAUGUUCUUCCCAAGAGGCUGAUAAUUGGUCUUGUCACCUUGUUUCUCUCCAUAACAACCAUGAUGGUAGCCUUCACUGCUACCCUCCAUCUUGGGGAAAACAAAUGCAAGGAAUGGAUACUAAUUCCUACAGUAGCAGUAGCUAGUGUUCCAAUUUAUAUUUUCACGUCCUUGCAGUUUCCCCUCCUCUUGGAUCUAAUCUGUUCAACAUACGGUACCAUUUUUGGCAAGAAAAAUGGUCGCCCCAUUUUCCUAGCCCUAACAAAAGAUAGUCCAGGCUUUAAAUCCUCCAUCCCCAAUUAUUGGGCCGAGCUCAUUGAUUAG